AUGUAUGUAAAAAUCAAAAGUGAGAGAUUGCGUUAUAUAAAAUUUAAUCAAGCGAAACUUCGUUCUGAGGAGUACAUUCAUUUACGUGACGCCAUAAUUGGUAACGUAGAUGAAACGAAUGAUAUCGACAACAUCGGUACCGCAUAUAUUCUUCCAUCAUCAUACAUUGGUAGUCCGCGUCAUAUGCAAGAAUAUAUUCAAGACGCCAUGUCUUACGUACGCGCAUACGGCCGACCAGAUCUUUUUAUCACAUUUACGUGUAAUCCAAACUGGGAUGAAAUUAAAAAUUUGCUGUUAUCAGGUCAAACAUCGAUGCAUCGCCAUGAUAUCAUUGCACGUGUGUUCAAACAAAAAUUGAAAUCUCUGAUGAAAUUGAUUACACAUCACUCGGUAUUUGGUGAAACACGAUGUUGGCUUUAUUCUGUUGAAUGGCAAAAACGAGGUUUACCUCAUGCGAAUAUUUUGAUUAGGUUGGUGGACAAAGUACGCCCAGAAGAAAUUGACGAAAUUAUUUCAGCGGAAAUUCCAAAUCCGAAUGCUAAUCAAAAAUUGUUUGACAUUGUGACUACUAAUAUGAUCCAUGGUCCAUGUGGUACUCUCAACAUGAUGUCACCAUGUAUGGAUAAUGAAAAAUGUACGAAACGAUUUCCUAAACUAUGCCAAACUGACACUAUAACCAAUAUCGACGGUUAUCCAUCUUACCGUCGUAGAGAUGUAGACAAUGGUGGUCAAUUAUAUGAAUUGCGUCUAUCAAACGGUGUAAGAGUUGACAUCGAUAAUCACUGGGUGGUUCCAUGCUCACCAUUGCUGUACAAAACCUAUGAAGCACACAUAAACGUUGAGUUAUGCAGUUCGGUGAAGUCUAUCAAGUACAUUUGUAAGUACGUUCAUAAGGGCAGUGAUAAUGCUAUAUUUGCUGUUCAAAAUGUAAAUAAGAAUUACGAAAUAACACAUUAUCAAAUGGGACGAUACAUAAGUAGUAAUGAAGCUAUUUGGCGAAUUUUUACAUUUCCUAUACAUGAAAGGGAUCCUGCUGUUGUACAUUUGGCUGUGCAUCUUGAAAGUGGACAGCGUGUUUAUUUCACAGAACAGAAUGCACUACAAAAAGCUUUAACAGCUCCAAAAACAACUCUUACUGAAUUUUUCAACCUUUGUAAUCGACAAGAUAUUGUUGGUGAAUUUGCAAAGACAUUAAUGUAUACUGAUGUUCCUAAAUGUUUUACAUGGAAUAAACAAUCAAAAAGUUGGGAACCACGGAAACGAGGCACUCCAGUCCCAGGAUUUGCCGACAUAGUUAUGACAAAUACUUUAGGACGAUUAUAUACAGUUCAUCCUAAGCAACGCGAAUACUUUUUUCUGCGUUUGUUAUUGGUUAACGUUCCUGGACCGACAUCCUUCCAAUACUUGCGAAAAGUCAACGGUACUUUAUACGGCACUUUCCUUGAUGCGUGUCGUGAGUUACAUUUAUUGGAGGAUGAUAACCAUUGGGACCUCACACUUGCAGAUGCAGCACUGAGAUCAUCUCCACAGCAAAUUCGUCAAUUAUUUUCAAUAAUAUUGACAGCGUGUUUUCCGUCUGAAGCAUCUGCUCUGUGGAAUAAAUGUAAAGACUCAAUGAGUGAGGAUAUUUUGCAUCAGAUUAGAAUUACUAAUCAAAAUCUCAGUAUUGAAUUCUCCACAGAAAUAUAUAAGGAGGCAUUAAUAAUGAUUGAGGAUAUUUGUAUUCUUAUUUCAAACAUGCCACUCAUAAAUUUUGGCAUGCCAGCUCCAAUCCACCAAGCAGCAGAUAUCAUCAACAGCGACGUUCAACGUGAACACCAGUUCGAUAUGACUUCUCUGGCUACUUUUGUUGCUAACAAUGAACGAUUGCUUACUGCUGAGCAACGAAAUAUAUAUGAUCAAAUUAACGUGUCAAUUGCAGCACAGCAAGGUGGAUUUGUUUUUCUGGACGCACCAGGUGGCACUAGUAAAACACUCCUCAUCUCACUAAAACUUGCGCUCAUUCGAUCUCAAAAUCAUAUUGCAUUGGCAAUUGCUUCAUCAGGCAUUGCAGCAACCUUACUUGAUGGUGGACGGACAGCGCAUUCAGCACUUAAAUUACCUUUGAAUAUUCAUACCAAUCCCGAAGCAAUGUGA